GUGCGCAUGUGCCGGAUAAAUUAUAAUUCAAUAUGUCGCCUUUUAACUACUGUUUUGAUACCAUUUUCAGAAAUGAUUCCAAUUAAAUUUUAACUAUAUUUUUAUUAGUAUAUUUAUGAUAAUGAUUGUAGAGGGAUGUAACAACCAUUUUACAUACGUGUACUCGUAUUCUAUGAAAAAUUCGAAGCAGGCCGUGUGACGUGCGUGUUUUGUCAUUGUGCGGUUAUGUUUAUAUGUAAUGUUAUUGUCUAAAAUUUCUGUACCUGUCAAUCAAAUAGAAAUAUUUAUCAAAUAUUUCCGUUAUGAAUUACGAGCGGGAUAUAAAUGUAUAUUGAUACACUGCUGAUAUAAUAAUUUUUUUAAAAUGAGUAAGAUGUUUGUUGCACCUAAAACUCCAGUCAAGACUAAGAAGAUCCGAGGGCACGAUUUGCUAGAUGAAGAAAUAAUUAAUGUCAUAAAAAUAAAUAGUAGCUAUAACAACGUGACAUUAGGUUGCACUAUGAAGUUAAAAAGAAAUAACUACCGAACCAAACCGUACUCGAUUACUGAAAGGCACAGAACUAAAAGUGAAAACUCUGAGUUUAACUUCACCGAAUGCUUUUCACCAAGUGAAUUGUUCAUUUUAAGUAUUCAAUCAGAACUAAACCAUGUGGAUAUUUGUGCAGAGAAACAUCACAUAAAAAAGAGCAAAUCUCUAGAAGACUUACGUAUACAAAAUGAAUCGUCAGUGCAAAAUUCUCAUGAAAUGGAGUUUGUUUCAAGUAAAAUAAAGCAAAUGAAAGUUAAUGAUUUUCAAAAUUGAAGAUCCGAAGUGAUCGUUCUCUACCGAUAUGUAAUUCUUAAUUUAAU